AUGGCCCUCCUGGCUCACACCCUGGCACUGCUGGCAAUCAAGGUGGUGCCCCUGGACAUGGCUCAGAACUCCUUUGAGGACCAGUACUGGAGUUGUGGCCACACCAUGACCACGGCAUUGCCAGCCCUCAGCCAUUUUGAGUACCAGAAGAAUCCUCACUUUGCCUGGGGCUGGUAUCAUGCUGAAGCUGAGUGGCGCAAGCGGGGCUCUCCUGUGUCCCCUCUGACAUCCCAAUGGCAGGCUGUGGCUCUCAUGGCCUACACAUCGCAGGACAUUUACAAGGACUUCAAUGCAGCUGUGCGCACAGCUGGGCUCUCCUGCCAGGUAUACAGGAACAUCUUCCACUUCAAAACGCUGCAUUUCCUACUGACCCCGGCCCUGGUGACACUGAGGCAGGCUCAGAACAGGCAGUGUCAUCACGUGUUCCGGGGCGUGCGUGACGUUUGUUUCAAGGCACAGCGUGGCCAGAGUGUCCGAUUUGGUCAAUUCACAUCGACGUCUCCACGUAAAGAGAUUGCUCUGCACUUUGGGACAGACACGAUUUUCGAAGUGCACACGUGCCAUGGCGUGGACAUCCAGCAGUUUUCCCUGUAUCCAGGGGAGGAGGAGGUGCUGAUCCCACCCUUUGAGAUCUUCGAAGUCACCAAAGUCACCCGGAAUGGGAAGAUGACAUGGAUCAGUCUCCGUUCUGCUGGGACUUUCAACAAAUACAACUGCGAGUGGCACUGA